AUGCACGCCGCCGCCGUGGGCAGCACUCGCGGCGCGGCCGCGGCGUUCACUGCAAUGAUGGAAACCCACAAAGAUUUCGAAGAAGCUCUCGACUUAGUGUUUGACGGGCCUGCAGAUGUUCUCGUGGGCACUCGACCAGACCUCCGCAGCCGCGAGCCGCAGCGGGAAAGCCCCUCCCAGGCCAACGGGAUAACAGUUCAAAAUGUGGGCGCGAGCACAAGAGCCCAGUUGUGGGCGUUUGCCCCCGUGAGUUAA